AUGACGCAAUGGUUGCCACUUACUGAGAUAGGACCGUCGACACAUCUUGAUGAUCAUCUACCGUGGACAAUCUAUAGUUCUCCAGAGCCCCACGAUAUUCAUCAAGGUAAACUUGGCGAUUGUUGGUUGAUGGCUGCCUUGGCUCUGAUCACUGAACGACCUCAAAUGCUUCAACAUAUUCUUCUAACUAAAAAUGUCAAUCAAGAAGGAGUCUAUGUUGUACGUAUUUGUCACAAUGGUAUAUGGAAGGCUGUGCUUCUCGAUGAAUGUUUUCCUUGUACAACAGACAACAGACUAGUUUAUAGCCGAGCUGCACGUCGCCAAUUGUAUGUUCCAUUGAUUGAAAAAGCGUGUGCGAAACUUUUCGGUUCCUAUGCAAGUUUGGAAGGAGGCUCGACGGCUGAAGGUCUUCAAUUAUUAACUGGAGCGCCGUGUGAUCGCAUCAAUCUUCAUCCAUCAAAUGAGAUGUUAGAUUUUGACAUUAUUUGGGCUAAACUUCUAUCCGCUUGCGAAUCAAAACUCUUAAUUGGUGCAUCAACUGGUUGUUCAGAAACCAAUCGAUCCGAGUACAAACUCGUUGGACUGAAUCCUAAUCACGCAUUCACUGUCUUGGUAGCUAAAGCAUUGCCCGUCGGUGAUGGCCGUUUUCUACUCGUGCGUGAUCCACAUGGAACUACGGAUUAUUCGGAAGCUUUGAUCACACCAUCUAUUCGUACAUACUUACAUUCGAUACAUAAUAAAAUGGCGAAUUCUUCCGGAACUUUCUGGAUAACAUGGUUAAGUUUCUUGCAUUAUUUCGAUUCAAUAACUAUCUCAACAUAUGUCAGUAAUCAUUUUGAUAUUCGUGAAGAAGCGCAAUUUACUCGAUCGCCCAUAGAAUCGGUUCCUGCUUAUUAUUUUACUGUGUCAAAGACAUCAUUGAUCACUGUGAGUCUAGUGUAUCAUCGUCAUAGCCGAAAAAAUAAUAAUCGACAUACGCAAUCUUUCGUCCUCUGUGAUGUAGAAGAAAAAACAAGCAACGUUGGAACAAAACAAGUGAUUUUUGAAAGUCGUCGUGGAACAUUAACCUAUUGGAGUGGAUCUUUGCGACCGGGUGCUUAUGUUAUUAUUCCGUUCUCAGUCAGCUUCUGGAAAACAAGUAACGAUAGAAAAGAUGAAAGGACAACAAAUUAUACUUUAGUCAUUCAUUCGAAUAUUCGACUCGAUGGUGUGUUACUCAAUGAACCACCAACAUUGCUGACAGAUUGUCUCAUUGCUGCAACGAUCAAAUAUUGUAACCAGCCGAAAAAAACCCACUCUUCAGUCCUAUAUACUACACCACGUCGUUUCGAUGCGAGCUUGAUCGUUGUCGAAAAUCAACUAAUCAAUCAUUAUCUCACUUUCAAUAUGACAAUAACUGAAGGUGGCAGUAUUUGUCAUUCUCGUCACACUUUUCGCACUUCUGAUUGUGUUCCACCACGUCAUCGACAACUGAUCUGCAUACUUGAAUGGGUUCAUCAGCGAGAUGAAGUGGCAUAUAUGUCAUAUGUGACUUCUCAACAAGUCACCGAAGGAUGGCACCAUGCAAUACCAGCUAUUGCUAUUGAUCAAGGUGAUUUACAUUCACCACGACCUUUUUGA